AGCGCUGCAGCUGUUCAUUAUAAGCGUGUGUGAGAGUGUCUACAGUAGUAUUCACUCGUAACUCUGACAUCUUUUGAGUUUUCAGUUUCAGAAGGAGUCGGUGCAGCUGCAGUGAUGUCCAAGCCGAGCACGUUCACCGCGGCUCUGGCCACUAUGUUAGGAGCCACUCUCGGCGGCCUGUUCCUGUGGCGCAGCAUCCGCACACAGAAGAGAAAGGCCCUCAAGGGCCCCGCUUCAGCUGAGCCCAUACAAGCCCAGCUAGAAGCGGACGUCAAUCUCUUACAGCCAGCAAGACGAGAGCCGCAAACCCAGAAGCUUCUGCGUGCGCAUUCGCUGUUAGAGGUGCCUCCCGUGAUCGUCAGCUCGCCAGAAGAGUGGGAGACGCUCUGGCCUGAUUUCCAGAAGGACCUGUCUGUCUAUCCGGUUCUAGGAUUGGACUGUGAAUGGGUAAAAAGCAUGCGUGUGUCUGUCAAAGGCAAGGCCUCGGCGGUCUCCUUACUCCAGCUGGCGACGUUCUCCGGCCGCUGUGUGCUGGUCAGACUGCUGAUGUUUCGUAAUGCACAGCUUCCUCUCCCUGAGGGUCUCGUUGGGGUCCUCUCUGACCCCCGUGUGCUGAAGGUCGGGGUGGGAUGUUAUGAGGAUGGGAAACGGCUGACUCAUGAUCAUGGUCUGACUCUGAGUUGCACCGUGGACCUGCGCUACCUGGCCCUCAGACAGAGGCAAGCGGUGCUGAAUAACGGCUUGAGUCUGAAGUCUCUGGCUGCAGAUCUGCUAAACGUCACGCUGGACAAAUCUCUGGAGCUGCGCUGCAGUGACUGGGAGGCGGAUGUGUUGACCCAAGAACAGAUGGUCUAUGCAGCACAUGAUGCCCAGAUUUCUGUUGCCCUGUUUUUUCACCUGCUGGGGAUGAACACAGAGCCCCGGCUCCCCGCUGAGGGUGAAAGCGUGUUCGUCCAGCUGGCAUCAUGCUGCCAGGGGCUGGUGGACGUGCCCUUCAGGGCGCGCUAUAACGGAGAGGGGGAAGAAGGGGAGAGAAGGAGGCGAAGCCGAAAGUUCACCGUGGAGAGUCCCGAGUCUGGAGACCAGCAAGUUCCAGACCCGCGGCAGAACAAACGCAAACCACUGGGUGUUGGUUACUCGGCCAGGAAAUCACCACUUUAUGAUAACUGUUUCCUUCAUGCUCCCGAUGGCCAGCCGCUCUGCACAUGUGACAAGAAGAAAGCCAAAUGGUACCUGGAAAAGGGUAUAGGAGAAUUGGUCAGCGACGAUCCCUUCGUUGUCCGGCUGCUGUUUGAGCCGUCAGGCCGUCCAGACUCCCAGAAAGACUACUACCUCACAGCCAAAGAGAACGUGUGCGUGGUGUGCGGGAAAGCCGACUCUUACAUCAGGAAGAACAUUGUCCCACACGAGUACAGGCGCCACUUCCCGGCUGAGAUGAAGGACCACAACUCGCACGACAUCCUGCUGCUGUGCACUUCCUGUCACGCGGCCUCAAACGUGCACGACGGGGUCCUGAAGCAGCGGCUGGCCGAGGAGCACUCCGCUCCGCAGGGCUGCGAGGAGGGCAUUCGGCUGCUCGAGGACGCAGACCGCCGGCGUGUGCGAUCGGCCGCAAGGGCUCUCCUCAGCGCCAGCGCCGGGAUGCCUCAGUCCAGGAAGGAGGAGCUCCUGUCAGUCAUCCAGAGCUUCUUCUUCAGCAACGGACAGCAGGAGGUCACGCAAGAGAUGCUUCAGAGAGCUGCCGCGCUGGAGACCAGGAUCUUUAACGAGAGUUAUGUGCCGCAUGGACUGAAGGUAGUGCAGGUGUAUGCCGAGCGCAGUCUGCGGGGCCUGAUGGAGCUGGAGCGCUGCUGGCGACAACACUUUCUGACCAGCAUGCAACCCCGCCAUUUGCCCCCUCUCUGGUCCGUCAACCACAACCAUGACAAAUAUCUGCGCAAGUAUGGUGAGGACCUGCAAAUCCAGCUCAACUGAGCUCCUCGCCACACAAACAGAAA